AACCUCCCCCUCGUGUUGUUUUUUGCGCAGAUCUUGCUUGCUCCUUUUCCACGAUUUGCAACACAAACAAUUGGGAAGACGCGAUCAAUUCCCUGACUGUUGUACGGAGUAAAACAUCUACAAAGGCUAAAUUACAUCUUUCCCCCGGCCAUGUCUCUCAAGCGCAAAGCUUCUUUUUCGAACAUCACAUCUCCCAAUGGCUCGUCUUUCGCGGGGCCAUUCAUGGCGAUGGACUUGGACGACGGGUCUCCCAAACAUCUGAAUAGUCGGACACGAAAGCGCUACAGAAAUGACCGUCCAGAUGAGGAAGUGGUAUACGAGAAUACCCUCCGCUGGCUAUUCACUGCCCAGCAACAGCAGCACCAGACACCCACGCCUACUUGCGACGAGGACGAGAAUAUGAACCCCGAACCCCUUCCCUCCCCUGAGACCGUCGACCCUCGUCAGCAGACACUCCUUAAAUUCUUCCGACCCGCGCAGCCUUCAUUCGGUCAAUCCCCUUCAGGUCGAUGGAACCAGCAAGCAGUGGAUGUACUCCCUGGCAAUCGUAACAUUCUGCAACAACACGUUCUGAACACAAACCCAGUGGGCGGUUCCACUGAAAGCGACUCGAACACCCCAAGCGUUCAAACAGGGACCGAUAUGGAUGUCGAAAUGGAUUCAGGGAGUGAUCGAUCUACACAGGAUAUUAGGGCCUGGGCUGGAGGAGUUGGGUGGAUGUAAAUCUGCGCCGUUUUCGAUUUCGUCUCUUUCAUAUCUUCGUUGCGGGGGCCCUGGGUUCCUAUUUGAUACCAUAUUAGCGGGGUUUGGUUGGUUUCAUUAUACAGUUGUCUGCUGUCUGGUGAGGGCUUGAUGAUAAGCCCUCUUGAUCUUCUGGUGUUCUGGUGUUGGGGUUUUGGAUGCCUGUUGGAUAUUCUUUCGGAUAACUUGUGUCGAAGUAUUGUCUGCUUCGUCAGCCUUACAUGGCACUGCAUGCUGGAUUAUUACUUUCUGUGUCAUGAUAAUAAUUGGAAAGUCAUCUGUGAUUUUAUAUCAAUAGAUGCCUUGGGGGAAUUUUUGAACAUAAAGCGGCAGAGCAGUCUUCGGUAAGCUGUUCUAGCUGCUGUAUGACUCCAUUAUAUAGUUAAAUAGUUUUGAAUAUAAAUAUGAAUAUCAGAAGAAAGGGAGAAUUAGAU